CAGUAGAGACUAACCAAUCGACUUGUCCACAAAAAUAAAUAAACCGAUAUAAAUAAACAUUCAUCUGCUAUCGCACAGUUAACAAAAAAAUCCUUCUGGUGAAGAUUAAAAGCUGCGAUUUAUCCGCUAUUUUAUCGACUUUCCCGAAAGAUUAUCCAAAAUGUUUUACUACCCCGCAGUUCUGCGGCGUCACUCGGGAUGUUUUUCCACAAUCUGGCUGGUUGCUACAAAAGGCACCAGAGUAACGCGCCGGGAUUUCCUAAAAGUCAACGUCAUAAGAACCUGUGAUGACAUCAUGAACUACGUGCUGGAGCGGGUGCCACCACCUCAGCCUGGUCUGCCAAAACCUCGCUUCUCCCUCUACCUGUCCUCCCAGCUGCAGUACGGGGUCAUCCUCGUCUACCACCGGCAGUGUGCUCUCUUCCUGCAGGAGCUUCAGUCCGUCGUGGGCCAGCUGUUGAAAAAGAGUAUGUCCCAGAAAAUUGAUAUGGAUGAUUCCAGCAGACAACCUCUGGACUUACCUGACGCCCUGGCUCACCUGGACGAGACAGAGGGAGCUCUUGACCCUUUUUUCGGAGUGAUGCACAUGCGGGACGCCAUGCCCAGCCCCAAUACACUGAUACAGAGGGGUCAGGAAUAUGUGAGAGAAGCUGAUGCUGCUGCUGCUGCUGCUGCUGCUCUAGAGAACGGCAUAACUGCAUCUCCAGACAGCAUCACUCUGAGGGAGAGGGAGCCUGUCACUAUCCCUGCUGCAGAGUUUGAGGGCGAGGAGCUCUUCGAUCAGCAUCAAGAUACUAUUGACCUCCUCAUGGCCCAAACAGAUGACUUUCCAGAAGGAGAUGUGGCACUUCCAAGAGAAGAGGUGAUACCAGGAGAGCAAGAAGGGGAGAUGGAAAUAGACAGAAGAGGCCCUGAGAUAGAGAGAACAAAAGAUCGCACAGGAUCCACUAUUGAACUACAGCCCACCACUCUCUCCAGUGAGGGGCCAGGCCUGUCCGUGGAGAAGCCUGGACCCCCCUCAGACCAGCACACCCCUGUCUCUGGCCCCGGCAUCUCCUACCUGCCAUCUGCAGCAGUGGAGGAAUGGGAAGGACCAGCUCCACAGUCAGAGGAUGUGACUCCUCCAGCGGUGAAGACCAGGAGGAAGAGGAAAAGGCAGCUGAUCUUCUUUGACCCAGAGACGCAGAUCCUUGAGGAGGUGCUGCAGCAGCAGAUCAACAAUCCUGUGAUUGAGACCAGACCGCUAAUUUUCCCACCGGCGCCUUCAAAAAGGAUGCCCUCUGCUGCUGAGCUCUUCAACAGGCCCUGCACCCCUCUGCCUGAAGAAGUGGAGUUUCUAUGGAGACAGGCUGCGACCAUUCAGCCUCUCUUAGACUCGGACCUGCCGGUUGGAGAGAGAGGGCCAGAGUCCACUGAUUCUGAAAGGGAAAGAGAGCGAGAGAUGGCUGAGGCCGCCGAGGCUGCUGAAGCGGACGAGGCUCAUGAGCUUCCCGAGAUCCCUGAGAUCUCCAGAGAUGUAGCAGGAUCAGUGAUGUUUGAUAUUUCAGAACAUGGUUCUCUGGAGGCCUCCGACCUACGGGAGGCGUCUCGAGAGAUCAUCUCGCCCAUGUUCACACCAGAGAGAGAAGGGCCCCCGGUCCCCAGGUCUGCAGGACUGCAGGACAUCCCCGAGGUGGCGGAGGACGAGCUGCUGGAGACACCUGCAGCAGAGUCUCCGAGGCUGCUUCCGGAUCUGCCUGUGCUGUUUCAGUCUCUUCUGCCACCAGAUGCCGACCGGCGAACUGUCAGCAACAUGUUUCAGAGGCUCCUGGUGACUCUAUCAGCCAGGGAGCUACAUGUGGAGCAGCGCGAGCCUUAUGGCGACAUCUUGAUAUUUCCUGGACCCAACUACGAAGAGGGGCGUCUGUCUUUAUGACGUGCACCAACCGCCAAACCAACAUCAUUGUUUAGUCUGAGAGAAGUUUAUUUGUCUGUUUCUGACAUUUCCUGUGUUCACUUCAUCAGACAGAAAUUAAUCUGGAUUUAAACAAUAUCAUACAUAUAAAAUAUUCAUCAAAGUCAAAUAUUUUAUACGGAUCACUUCAGAAGAUUUGUUAUUACUGUGACUUGUUGACAUGUUUGAAAUGAUUUAAGGUUUUAAAAACACUUUGCUACUGUGACCAGCAGGUUGUAUCAACUUUACGAGAUUUUUUACGAGUAUUUAACUCUUUUUAUUGUUCUAUUUUUUAAAGACACAACCUCAUGUUAUUGUGCACUAAAAACAACAAUGUUCACCUCUCCGUUCAAGCAAUGUGUCACUUUGAACAUGAACUACAGAAUAAAAACUUUAUAAGA